UUCCUUUUUAAAAUAAACUGUACAAGGACAUGUGAAAUUUAUGCGCAUGCGCUAAUCAUAAAAAGGAAAACAAAAAAGGAUUUUCCAAAGAGAGAAAGGAAAAAAGUUUCGCAAGUAGAAUAAAAUAUUAAAAAAGUUAAGAAAUUUAAUAAUUUGUGGUGAGGAAAAUCCCAUAAAAUUUAUCAGAUACCAUGAUAUGAUCGAAAGUAAAUGGAAAAUCAGCAGUUUUCGGUGGAAAAUAGUGAAAGUGUAACGUUUUUGUUCCAACUCUAAAUGACUGUGUAUAAAAAAGUGGAAAAAGGACUUUGCAUAAUUUCAAAAAAUAUAUUAAAAAUAAGGCAUUAUUAGUGAACAUUUAUCUCAGAAUUCGUGCAUUAUUUGAUCAUGGAAAUUUGUUUUAUCGUGACUUAAUAACUCAUUAUUACAUUAAUCCACCGACGAGUGAAUGAAUUAGAAAAGAAUUUUAAAAAAAAUAUAUAAUUUUUAUUUCUGGAUCUCUUUCAUGUUUCGGGAGGAAGAGACAAAUAGAAAAAAAUACAUAUACAUAAGGACAAACGUCAUCAUAUAGAAUCAUGCCAAAAUUUCAUCUUGAAUUCACAUCACUAAUUUUUAGAAAAUGUUCGCAAUGGAACACCUGAUUUGGAUUUACUCUAGUUUGCUCGCUGCCCUUACAAUCAAUCUAGUCUCAGCUCGUUUUUGUGAGAACGGAAAUCAUCGCUGUUUGCCUCCCAAAGAGUGUUGUGCACAAGGAUGUUGUUACCUUUUUUCACCACCUAGUGCACCACGUCCGCAACAACCGGCAGAUCAUGUACUAAAUCUUUUUUUCAUUAAUCAUUGGUAUUUUUGGCUAUUCCUUUUUGCUAUUGUUAUAGCACUUUUAUUGAUAUGUUCAUUGUGGAAGAAACGACAUACAUUAUUCUGUACAGGAUGGAGUACAUCAUCAAAUCAUCGAACACCAUCUGAGGGUGAUUCUGCGGGGUCAUGUUAUGCACCGCCGCAUUAUUCUAGAUGUAGUUCAUUUUAUCAUGCUCCUCCUCCAUACAAUGAGGUCACAUCGAAACCCGACUUGUAUCCAUUGGUAUUCAGCUAUACGAAUGAUGGAUCAAAAAAUGGCGCCAGCAAUGGAGCCGCAAAUUAUCUUAUGGUGCAAUAUUUUCGAAACUACAUAGUACGUCCGAUAGGAUCAUUGUCAGCAACAAGUACUAUCGACUCAUUAAGUUCAAGCUUUAUAUGUACAGCAAAUGAAGCAAAUACAAUGGUACCGCCACCAUACUCGUCUGCCGCAUCGCCUGAUGAUCUUUCGAUUUCAUUGCAAAACUAUGCAAUUCCUCGAUCAGCAUCUCAGCAAGGCUAUAACUCGAACACAAAUAAUAAUAAUAAUUUUAAUAAUAUAAGCAGCCAUAAUAAUAAUAAUACUAAUAGUUCUAGUCAUAAUAAUAUCGGUAGUAAUUUUAAUAUAUCCAACGAGAAUCAAAUAGAAUCGCAACUUUUAACUGGUAAUGAAGCACACAUGGCAAAUCGACCAAUGUCAGUUCCGAAUACGACAAUUAAUUCACACUACCAUUUUCGAGCAUCGGAAAGUGCUAAUUUCUCUCAUUUAUUUCAACUUAACGAUCAUAGUGAUAUUGAGAAUCGAAAUUAUCGCAUUCCAACAUCGUCAAAUUCAAAUUCCACAAUGACAACGACACACACAUGCUCGGGAUCGUCACGAAAUCAUAAUAUUAGUAUAUCGGAUGAUGACGAUGAUGAGGAUGAAGAAAUCUUUCAUCAAGCAAGUGAAGGUGCAUCGAUUGGGAAUAUUGGUAAUGAUUCUGUCGGAAAUCAAGCAAGUAGCAUUUAUCAUUCGAAUGAUACAAUGCUCUCAUUAUCAGCUGCAAUGAUAGAUAAAAUAGCUUAUAGUAAACAAACUAAUGAUCACACAAAACUCGAUAUGAUUCAAAAGCAAUUGGAAAAAUGUUGUGAAUUGAUACAGCAACAGCAACAACAAAUUCAACAGACUCGAUCACAUUUUAAUAUUACAACUAGUUUUGAUAGCGCAUCCGAAUCUCCAAUAAGUUGUGAAAUAGCUAAAAAAAUGAGUGAGAGUGCGAUUAUAGGAUUAGGUUAUAUGAAUUCAAAUACAGGCUCGACAGUUUCGAGUCUAGCUAAUUUAAAUAGUCCUUCAUCGCCGCCUCAAGCCACUAGUCCGACACAAGAGGUGAAAGAUUUAUUAGAACAAAUUAGGCAAUUAAAGGAUAGAACAUUCUCUGAUGAGGAACUGAAUAUAAAUUUAGAGAAGGAAACUAAUAAUGUGAAACUUGAAAGUCAACCGAGGCCUGGACCAUCGACUGAAAUAUCGUGUAGUAAUACGAUAAUUAGACCUACGAUAGCCACAACAAACAAUAUGAUUAAGAGACCCACAUCUUUUAGCAAUAAAAGAAGAUUCUUUAAUAUGAAAAAUCGUUCUGUUUAUAUUCCGAUUUCCUGUAAUCCUCUCUCGUCGCCUAAUGGACUGAACACGAAACUACGUAGUCCAUUAUCUGGCACUGCCAGUGUUUUCUUAAAUAAGUCACGCGGAUGUAAUAAAUACAAAAAUGGAUAUUCAAAAUCAGCUCCAACAACUCCUGGAACAUUUCCUGAGAAUUGUGAUAAUAGUCCUUUGCUAGAUGAACAUGAUGAGGAUGCAGAAACGGAAGCUGAUCAAAACUGUUGAUAGUUAUUUCAAGAAAUUCGAUAUAGAUAAAAACAUUUUUAUAUGACUUAACUUUUAGCAAAAAAAAAACUAAUAAUAUUGAUGAUAGCAACAGCUUUAAAAUGUAGCUUGAGGAAAAUAAUGUUACGAAUAAAAUCUUAAAGGAAAAGUAGAUAGCUGAUCAUGUAUAGUGUGAGCAGCGAAUCGUUUACCGUAACACAAAUAAAUUUGGCUGUUCAAAAAUAAAUCGAAAAAUGAAUAUUAAGGAAGUCUUGGAUGACGAACAAAAUGAGGAAUAUAAAACUAGUGAUUUUGCAUGGUAUCAUAAGAUUUACUGGUUGUUUGAGAUGAAGAUAGAGGUCUAGGUACUCAGAAAGGAGAUUCCUUAAAAAAAGAUUGAGGAGCUAGUCAAAAUCCUGAAGAUACUCGUUAUGCUUACAAAAGAACCAGAAACUAUCUUUAAAAUAGAUAAAUAUUUUUUCACGAAACACCUGAAUGGACUUUUAAAGCCAACACAAACAAGCUUAAGCAAUAAUUCUAGAAAAUUUCCACAACUUCUCUUUUCAUAAAAGCUUUGAAACUUUUAAAAAUAAAAAAAAAACAACAUCCAGAAGCUUAAAAAAGCUUUUUAAUAUUUCCUGAAUAACCUUUGUAAUAAGAAAUGGUUAAAUCCUUGAGCAGCCAGUGAAUUUUAUGAUAUCUUCUCACACGACAACUUAAAACAAACGAUUUGUAAUUGAAAUAUUGACGAUAAACUUUUUGUAAAUCUUUUUGUGCAUUUAAAAAUGAGAAAAUGAAGAUAAUUUUUUUAAAUUAAUUCCUUAGCGUAGUUCAAGCAUAAUAAAAUAUAUAUUUUUUGCUAAAUUAAAUGAUCAUUUCUAAACAUAAGAUUAAGUAAAGUGCGUACUUUUUGAAGAUUCAGUUAUUUUUGUAAACUUAAUUUUUAAAUUCUGCAAUAAUUCAUUUUAAGUCAAAGUUUUAUUUUUAAUAAGAAUAUUUUUUAAGGAUUUUAAAUGUGAUUCAAACUUAAGCCAAGGCGUGGAAACUCAGAAUUAAUCCUGAAAAAUCCCAAAGAUCCUUAAAAAAUUCAUUGGAAAAUAAACUUAAAAAAUGUGUAAUCACUGAUGUAUUUGAGGAAUGAUUUUGGGGAUUUCACAUUUUCAUGUUCAUUGGCUCAGGGAUUUUUAGGAUCUUUGAGAUUUUUCAAGAUUAAUCCUGAGUUUAAACGCCUUGGCUAAAGCUAUGGGGAUGUGCGAGUCUUGAGAACUUUUAUAUAUUUGAUUCACUCUCAGUGGGGGUCAUGGAAAAUAAAAAACAAGCGAUUCUACCACUCUGGUGAGUAAUUCAAGUUCUAAAUUCCAUCAAGUGAAUAUUAAUAAGCAUAAAAUAUUCAAUUACCAAAAGUUUUCUCAAGCAACUAAAUAAACCAUCCCCAUUUCUGAAAGUAACUCCCAUUUCUUGUGUGUAUAGAUGCCGUUUUAUGAUUCGCACAAGCCACAAUAAUUUAAAUUAAUUUCCCGCAUAAAAACUAGUCAUUAUGAUUUUAGUAGCUCCGCAAAUGCAACAAAGAUCAAGAGAUUAAAUCGUGAAGCAAAGUAUGAAGAUGUAAAAUUAAGGAAUUUAAAGAAAAAGGAUAUUUGUAAUAAUUUAUGAAAAGUGCCUAAAACACGAACUUACACUACCAUACAUUACACACGAGUUAAUACAAGACAAAAAAAAAAAAUAAGAAAUAAAUAUUGCAUGUUCAUAGGAAAAUAUUUAAAUGAUUUAUGGACAUACCAUAGUAAAGGAAAGAUGAAAAGUGCAAGCAAUAAAUAACCUAAACGAUCCCCCUUCAUACUUUGUGUUACUUCAAGAUUGUUAAGCCUGUACUUUAUAACAACUAUAUUUAACAUAUAUACACACACACAUAAUAUAACCAUCAUUAUUUUUAACAGCAUUAAUUUACAUAAAAAAGUAUUCAAGGGUGCCGUAAUAAAGCUCCACUUGAGCAAAUCAUACACAUCAUUAUUAUUAUUUUUUAAAAAUCCAACCUUGCUCCUUCAGACUCUAUAAGCGCUAAAGUUUUUUGCGUUUAAAACAGAUUUAAUGUAAUUUUCUAGUUCACCUAGGAUUUUUUUCUCUUAUGACAAAAAAAAAAAAUAUUAAAAAAAAGUUGAAUGAAGAAGCAUUUUUGCGAAAAACUUAGUUAUUAAAAAUUGAGACAUGAUGUGUAAAAAAAAUGAUGAAAAAUAUGAUUAGAUAAAAAAAAUGAAGAAAUAAAAUGCGAGGAAUUUGAAUUGGUUUGUAUUGUAAUUAAGGGGGAGACAAGAUAAUGGGAAAUUGACAUUUAAUGCUUCACAGAAUCAAAAUUCAAGUAAGGAGUAAGGAUAAGGAUAAAUCUAGCACCAUUCCAGAGUCACACCCGUUUAAUGCCGGAUUUCUGAUCGAUUAACCGAUUUGUGCCAUUUGAGUAAUCCACAACCCAUCCAUAUUAUACAGCUUAACUUCAAUCCUAAUGAUCAACAGAAAUACAUCACCAGCUUGAUAAAUUUGCAUCAUUCUAAUUAAAUAGUCUCAAUAGCAUCAUCAUGAAUAAUAAACUUUAUGAGAUCUU